GCCGCGGCCGCCGCCAUGGGGCUGCUCAACUUCACCCAGGAGCCGGUGCCGGAGGCGGUGAGCGGCGACAUGCACAACCUCAACCAGCUCAGCGCCCAGGGUAGAACAGCAGCUUCCGAUUAGCCACGAGUCACAAAAGCCCUGUGCGGUGCCAGCUACCAGCUGCACAAACCCUUUGAGAGUCUCCGAGAAGCAUCCAUGAGCAAAUCCCAUCCAGAGGCAUCUCGUAAUGCCGAGGACGGGGGUAUCUUACCAGCACGGGAGGUCAAACUCUGGGACCAAUGUAGUGGAGGCAGGUGGAGCUGCCUCAAGCAAUUCUCGGCGCUGACUGAAGUGCUCUUCCGCUUUCUAACGGAGCCCAAGGAGGUAGAAAGGUUUCUGACUCAGCUCUCAGACUUUGCCACCGUGAAUAAAAUCAGCUUGGGCCCCCUGAAAAACAUUGUCAAAAGUAUUCUUCUGGUACCUAAUGGUGCCCUGAAGAGGAAUUUGUCUUCUGAACAAGUGAGAGCAGAUUUUAUUGCUCUAGGCCUCAGUGAAGAGAAAGCCAGUUAUUUUGCAGAACAGUGGAAGGUGAAUUCCCCCACCCUAACACGCCUGGCUGUUGGUCAGACGCUGAUGAUUAACCAGCUGAUAGAUAUGGAGUGGAAGUUUGGAGUGACUGCUGGGAGCAGCGAACUGGAAAAAGUGGGAAGUAUCUUCUUACAGCUGAAGCUGGUGAUUAAAAAAGGGAGCCAAAUGGAAAACGUUUAUAUAGAGUUAACUUUGCCCCAGUUCUACAGUUUUCUGCAUGAAAUGGAACGAGUCAAAACCAGUCUGGAAAGCUUCAGCUGAAACUGCAUGGGCCUGAAUCGAUAUCUGUCCAGGAUGUUUAAUUUCUCCUUGUGGGCCUGCAGAUCUGCUCUUUCCCAGCUGACUCUAACACCCUGAUAAGAGAAGACAAGGCUGUGUAAGGGGCAGUGGUGUCACGGCCCAGAAGGAGCCAUCAAUCCUUCAGAACCUGAAACUUUGGCAAGUGCGUCAAAGCAGCUACAAGUCCGCUCAUCUCUUUUUUUAUACUAUUAUGAGAAAUUGUGGUCAGAAAUGUGUGGAUACUUGUAUUAAAAUAGCAAAUAAAUAAACCCAUUCCCAUCCUGC